GCUCAAGGCUCAAGUGAUCGCGGCUCAAAUUAUUACGCCGCUCGGAUAACUUUGUGGCCGCUUCGCUCCGACUGCGUCCCAAUGAAGGCGUUUGCUUCAGGGUUCAGCAUCGUGGUAGUUGCCGCCAUUUGUGCGUGUGCCAGGGAUGCACUCCAAGUCCUCGAAGGAGAAAACGAACACGAUGGUCUGUGGAAGACUGUAUAUGCGGUGGAUGUUGGUGAUGGCACUUGCUCAAUUGCUUAUGAUAACGAUGGUUUCGACCAUCUCGUAGGCCACGUGGUGCAACGGAAUGAUUUUAGCCUCUUGACCUUAUCGUUGAACAGUCCAAGUGCCACAGCGUUGUAUGAACUGGAGAGAACGAGUGCAAAUGCCGAACAUCCCCCAUAUGCAAUUCACGUGGUUGCUUCCAUAGGAUUAUGUGUUGCUCCCGUCGCGAUCAUGUUUGUGCAAGUCGUGUUCAUCGUGGCGGUCCUCUCUUCUCAUGUCACACAUCGUAAAGGUUUGCAGGUCGCGGCAGAAGAGGAUUCAGAGGUACCCAGUGCAAUCGAAGCUAAUGAGUCCAGAUCGCUGAUACAACGUGCUUCGGCCCCUUUCCGUUCCGUGACAACGUGCAAAGUUACUGCCAAGCUUGCAUCAUCGGGCGUCGUGGUUUUAUACAUUGGUCGUUUUUGGAUGAAAGCCUUGCUUACCUACUCGAUUAUCUUCACACACCAUGUUCCGAUAGAGGUGAGCGGAGGACUUUACGCGGGUGUGGGCAAGGAAACAGGUCUUGUAAGUGGGAAUUGUCUCUACGGUUCGUCUGUGGGUUUCUUCCUGGAUUGGAUGAUCGACGUAACAACUCCUUUCGUCAACAUGUAUGUUGUUAGCCAUCUCGACAGCGCCAUUGAUAUAGUGCUCAACAGCUUGGCUAUGGAGUUCGUUGCCAAUUUGGACAACGAUUACAAAUCAACGGUUAUGCACGGGUUCAGGGCGUAUUCCAGAUACCUCCUUGAUUCCGAAAUUGCCGUCGCCUGCACGAAUGAUCAUGCCAGAUGCGUCCAUCCGGACGCCAUGGUGUUUCAAGUGCUCUGUCUUGGUCCUUUGAUUGGAUUGAUCGUUGCUGGCUGUUUGCUGAUGGCGAAGAAAUGAGGCACAGCUUCUAUUCCAGUGAUCUCUGGGGCUGGGGCACGUGCGGCAGCGGACGCGUCACUGACCGGUGCGGGGACAAAACAAAUAUCCCAGCGCAUCCGAUUUCCAUGCGAGAUUCUUGGCAACAUUCCGUCUCGUGUCUUUACGGGUUCAAAGGGAUCCGUCUGCCGACGCGCCGUAUUGGCGUAUGGCUUCUGUACUGUACAAAUGGGUCCCAGAGGCUCGUAAGACCAAGGGCUUUUCGAAGAGGAAAUAAUGACAUCGUUACUAGUAGACCGCCUGCGCCCAGAGGGCUGGUGGCACUCGGAAUACUUCCUGGUUCUGGCCUUUUUCCCUGUCGCGCUGGAGCUACCCCAGAUUGCCCUCACUUCGACCCAUCCCGGAUCACACUAGGAAGCGCCGAACAAGGCCUCACACGGACAAGGUCUAUCCCAGAUGAGUCGAGUGCCCAAGUGCGGCUUCGGGCGGGGAGCGCCGCGCGAUGGCGGCGCGCAGAAGUAGGAGGCACGUGCAGCACCGUGUUUUUGCUGUGGUUGCCCCUCCUCCUCCUCCUCCUCCUCCU